AUGAAAAUGCUUCGGUUCCGCAGCCCCAGCAUCCGCUCCCUGGACCAGGAGGUCCUGUGCACGAUCCGGCUCCUGGACGACUCCGAGAUCUCCUGCAGCAUCCAGAGAGACACCAAAGGCCAGUUCCUGUUGGACCAUGUAUGUAACCAUUACAACCUGCUCGAGAAAGACUACUUUGGAAUUCGAUAUGUGGACCCCGAGAGACAGAGGCACUGGCUGGAGCCCAAUAAGCCUGUGGUGAGGCAGAUGAAGUCUCAGCAGCCGUACACCAUGUGCUUCCGGAUGAAGUUUUAUCCCAACGAGCCCAUGAAAAUCAAGGAGGAGCUUACCAGGUAUCUCCUGUACCUCCAGUUGAAGAGAGACAUCUACCAUGGUCGCCUCCUUUGUCCUUUUGCUGAAGCUGCAUAUUUGGGAGCCUGCAUCAUACAGGCUGAACUUGGGGAUUACGACCCGGAGGAGCACCCGUCAGACUACAUCAGUGACUUCAAGCUGUUCCCUAAACAAUCCCUCAAACUGGAGAGGAAGAUUAUGGAAAUACAUAAGAAUGAGCUCAGGGGCCAGUGUGCUUCGUUUGCAGAGUUGAACAUGCUCCAAAGGGCUCACAGCCUGGAGACGUAUGGAGUGGACCCUCACCCAUGCAAGGACUUUACAGGCUCUACAGCCUUUCUCGGGUUCACAGCCACAGGGUUUGUGGUGUUCCAGGGAAACAAGAGGAUCCACCUCCUCAAAUGGGUGGACGUCAGCAAGCUGAAGUUUGAAGGAAAAACUUUUUACGUCAUAGGGAUCCAGAAAGAGAAGAAACUGGUGUUGACAUUUCACACCUCGACCCCUGCAGCCUGUAAGCACUUAUGGAAGUGUGGGGCAGAGAACCAGGCAUUUUACAAGUGUGCAAAGUCGAGUCAGAUAAAGACAGUUUCCAGCAGCAACAUCUUCUUCAAAGGAAGUAGGUUCAGAUACAGUGGAAGAGUUGCCAAAGAGGUGAUUGAAGCUAGUUCUAAGAUUAAGAGAGAGCCGCCUGCGGUCCGCAGAGCCCAGUUUGGUCAGAGUCGAAGUUUUAACUCAUUGAGCCAUAAAAACCUCAUCAUGAACAUGGAACCUCUGGUACCUGCACUGCCCUCCCCUAACGAAUACGAAGAGACAGCCCCAGACAAUGGUGUUGUUGCUGUGAAGGACUCUGUUCCCUUGUCUCCUCUCAAACCUUCAGCUGUAUCCACAGUCACAGAGCAACAAGGGACCGAAGGAGGAAACUCUGCUUUGAGCAAUGACCUGCAGCCUCCCCGUGUUUCCAUGGAAACCUCUACUCUCCGACCUCAGACACCCAAACCUGAAGAUGAGGCGCAGGAAGACGACGAGGCCGGUGGCCCCCUGACCAUCUCUGAGCUGGUCUACAGCCCCUGUGCCAGCAUGCUGUCCACCCCUGUAGAUGACAGCCAGGGAGGCGUCGACCUGCUCUUCUCCUCCCCGGUCCAGAGCCCCGCCAGGAUGCUGAGGGAGCUCCAUGCUGACCCUGACAUCCAGGCCAAGCUGGAGGCCGAGAGGGAACGAGACCGGGUCUACGAACGCACCCGGCUGGCUACUAGGAGCCGAAUGGGAGGCUUCCUGACCAGCAGCCUGCGCCUGCUCUCGUCCAACGAGAGACUCAAUGCCUGUGUGCUGAGCGUGGCCCGCUUCGUGGCCGUGGUUAUGGGCGUCCUGCUGGUCACCGUGCCCACGCUGCUGUUACUGCUGGAGUCUGACAUCGACGUGUCGUUCCUCCACGAGAUCCGCCAGACGCCAGAGUUCGAUCAGUUUCACUACGAGUAUUACUGCCCGUUCCGGCGCUGGAUCCUGUGUAAGAUCAGCAUGGCCAUGGAGAACCUGUGGUCAGACUGAGGAGGGAGAGAAAGAGAAUGAGGAGGAAAGUGAGAGCCCAAAUGUCUGUCUUAACUUUGAAUUUAAUCUUAUUUUCAGUCUUAAGAACUGGUGCCUCAUGAAACACAAGUCUGCCAAUGGUGUGAAAUGAUUUCAACCAUCCAAUCUAUUUAAGAAGCAGGUGGAAUACAUCACCGAUGACAACCCACAAAAUUACAUAUUUUAUAUUUUAUUUGAAAAAGGGCCUCAUAUGGAAACAUUGACAGUAAUGAAGUAGCCCUAUUGGAUUCUCUCAUCACACAUUGAUGUGUUUCACCUCUUUGGCAGCAUAGGCCAAUUACUGUCUUACAGAAAGAGAGGUAAGAUUUCAAUCACAGGAUCUAAUUACUUGUUAAGAUGGACACUUGGCAGUGAUGAGAUAAAAAAAUACUGUAAGUGCUCAAGGAAGAACUUGUGGAAGUGAGAGAUGAAUGAAUUUAGAAAAAAGAGGGAGGUCAUGAACAGAGAAAAUUUCACAACAAGAGGAAAAGUCAGUUGGUUUGGGUUUCACUAGAAGAUUGAAUGGUCUGUUCACUCCUGAUGCUGACAAAUUGAUGCAAGAGACAUUUUUGGUAAAUAGUACAAACCGUUCUGAUUGGUUCUCGUCCUCAGAGCAGAGCGUCACAGAGCCUGUCAGUCAUGAAGGAGUGGGUGGGAACAGAGCAAGAGAGAUUAUUGAUCUGUCACUGGAUGCAACAAUAGCCACCGUCAGAGGUACAUUAUAUAAUAUAUAUAUUUAAAACAAAGCAAAAUAUUGAUGAUUAAUACCAAUCUUAAAUAAGUUGUUUUUAAAUGUUUUGUACAUUUUUAUGUGAUCCGGAUCUUUCAGGAAUUUUUCAGUCAGAGGAUCUACUUUGAGUUUAUUUUGAAAUUAAGAGUUUACAUAAGAUAACAAAAAAAAGCUAAUUUAUUGAGGUUUAUGGGGGUGAAAGGAAAUUCAAGCUAUUUUUUCAGACUACGGUCAAUGGUUGUUGGCUCAGUAGCACCCUGGGUUUUUUCCUACAGAGGCUACAGCACAAAUCUUUUACACCGAACACAGAUUGCAACUGUUUCAGAUUACGUGAUGUCAUUUCGGGGGAACAGGAGGGUGGCAUGAGAGGAACUCCAGUCCGUUUGCGAUGAUGAAAAAAAAAAAAGGUGUGUUUUGUUGAAAAUGUCUUCUGAACUAAAUGUUAGCUCAUCAACUAAAAACUAAUCGCGCAUUUUUUAACGUGGUUUUAUAGAGUUUGACAUAAAACAUAUGAAGAGAUUCAAGGGGAAAGUCACUAAAUGAUACAUUUUUGAGUUUGAGGUCAUUUGUCUGAUGAUGUGUUGUUUCGGGAGCUUUGUUUGAAGAGGUAGGACACAGGAUGGGACAUUUGAGGUGUCAAUCCAAGCCGAUUUCUGAUGGAGUAAAUGUUGAACAGGUACAGUUAUAGGUACUUUACUCACUGCACGCAGAUCUGCUUUUUAUCCUGUGUUUAUCAUUGAAACAACUGCAACCGUUUAUAUGUUUCAACAGACAAAGUGUAUUUUCCUUUUUAAUGUCAGUGACCAACGAGGCAGAGUUAUCAGGUGUUAUAGGAAGGGAAGGUGCUUCUAGAGGAAGUAUGUACAGUAUAAUGCUGUGUUUAUGCUUAUUGACAUUCACUGCUGAUAUGACUGACGUUCCCAAGAUGAAAAUAUCAAUGUUAAAACCAGAGGGGAGGCAAAACACUGAAACUAGAAAUUCCCCACUGCCACAACUAGUUACAAUUUAAUGCAAAUCCUCAAAGUCAAUCUUAAGAGAUCGUGUUCAGGAAACACAAAAAAACAUGUUAAGUGAGGCAACUGGGAACUUGACCGUUGACCCCCCCCCUAACCCUUAUCUAUUUAUCCAAUCAUUAAUCUGAUGGGACAGAUGUAUGAAUGAGCACCGUGAGGACACCUGUCCCGCCACUGACUGAAACAUUUUUCAGAAAGGAGGAAUUAUCUGUAAAUUGUGACUUGAUCGAAGGGAUUCAUGAGCCGUAUGGAAAUGGGGCAUUUUCAUAUCGCGUGUAAAUUUGUGUAUUCUGUACACAAAAGUGAGCUCACGGUAUACAGAACCAAGACCUUAGUAAAGUAACCUUAUGACUCGACUCAUCAUCCAACCCCUGCAUCUUGGGAACUCACAGCCAUAACAGACAGUGUGUGUCAGGUUAGAGUCUCUGAGUGGAGAAGAGAACAUAGGAGGUAAUGUUAUCAGAAAUAAUUUUCAGAUUAAAUAAAAACAUUUGUUGCUAAGUGGAGAAAAAAGGGUCUGACAAAAAAAGAGUAUGGUGUGGAUCAACUUCUCAGGAAAGGGCAUUAGCAAUUUAUGUUUAAAAAAAAAAAACUAAUAUACAAAGAAAAAGAAAAACAAUGCAUCUAAUCACAGCAUAAACCAUAACGUUUAUACAGAGACAUGCAUACACAUCUCACUGUUAUGAAUAUCCAAAUACUGUAUGUAUUAUAUCAAGUCUGAAGCCAGAGCCAGACAUUAACACGGCUGCAGACGGUCGGUGUUGUAGCCUCAUUUCACUGCAGCAUGUAUGCAUCCAUGUCUGUCUGAUAAAAAACAUCAACAAGUAAGUCUGUACUGUUGAGAGCCAGCCACUGCACUUUGGUCAGUGCUCUCCCACAGUAUUCAGACUCAUAUAUGGAAUUGGUUUAAUGUUUCAAAGUUUAUUUUCAGAAAUCACUCUUUGUAGGUCGGAUGCUACAGAGGCCGCCGCAAUGCACGUAACCAACAAAGCCCUCUCAUUAUAUUCUCUCCAAUGUCGCUGCCUCAUAUCAUCAGCCUUGUUUUCAUGUAACUCUGUAAACUUUAUGCAUCAACCAGCUUUAUGCAUAUGGAAAAUAUGCAGUAAUGAUGGAAACACGCUUAUUUGGGACAAGACAUUUAUUUUUCUUACUACAGGACAUGCACUGAGUUCUGAAGCUGGAACCAAGCAAAGGGCCACACCACUAUGAUGUUUGCAUUUAACGUCAAAGACUCUUGAGAUUAAAAGAAAAAAAGAAAACCAAAAAAAAAGCAGCUUCACUGGUUGGAGGUGGCUGAUGCUCUGUAAAAUGACCCCCACCAUCCCAUGACAACUAACGGAGGGGGAUAUCCUCAUGAACCGUCAUUCUGUCUGUCAGCAUCAAAAUGCUCAAGUUAUUUAUCGUAGAUUUAUUAAAAAAAAUGAAAUGUGUUCUGUACAUCGUCCUCCUCUAACUAACCUGGGAAUCUCACUGACCUCUCAUUGCAAAUUGCAUGCCCUCAUCUGUAAAUACUGUCUUUAUAGUUGUGGCAACAGAAAAAAAAAACUGUGUGGGUAAAGACUUGCUUUCUUUC